AUGGACGCCGGAACUCUGUAUCAACUGUUCUCCGCGACCGUCGUGGCUGACGACGCUGUCCGCAAGCCAGCCGAAGAGCAGCUGAAGAAGGUCGAAAUAGCUCCUGGGUUCUUGCCGGCCGUACUGCAAAUCCUUGGGUCGUCCGAGGCCAACGAAUCCGUUCGACAAGCUGCGGCCGUCUUUUUCAAGAACAGGUGUCAACGAGGAUGGGAUCCAAGUGGAAAGCUGGCGUUGGGAGAGGAAGACAAGGUGUCGAUUCGCCAAAACAUUCUCCCUGCGAUCGUCCACUUGCCGCACAGGCUCCGAGUGCAAUUGGUCGCUUGUCUGGGCUCCAUGCUUCAACAUGACAACAAGGCGAACAGGUGGCCGGAAUACCUGACACAGGCCAUGACGCUGGUCAAAUCGUCGGACGAGGGAGCAGUGUCCGCCGGUGUCGCUGCUGUCUUUGAGUUUGUAAAGUCCUAUCAAUGGGGCGACGAAGAGAAGCGCGCGCCCAUUCAGCCUAUUAUCCAGGAGGGGCUCCCCAUCCUGUACACGGUUGCGACGCACCUUAUCACUCUGAACACCGAGGCAGCUGGAUUCAACCUGAAGACGAUCCUGAGAAUCUACAUGUCGACCAUCCGCCUCAACUUGUCGCCAACACAGCAAAGCUCCGCCUCCCUUGUUCCCUGGGGCACCCUGUUCGUUCAAUUGGUUCAGAAGCCCAUCACCGCGGACUUUCCAGGAAUGCCUGAGGACGAGAGCGAGCGGGAGCGUCACCCUUGGUGGAAAGCCAAGAAGUGGGCAUACCACAUCCUCAACCUACUGUUCGAGAGAUACGCUAGGAAACCCGAAAAGAAAUACCAGCAGUUCUCAGCCGUGUUUAUGGAGCAUUUCGCCCCAAACAUCUUGACGGCGUACCUCCACCAAAUCGAGCUCCUUAUUGGAGGUGUCUGGCUUUCGCCCAGAGUGAAGCAGUUGAUCGCAAACUUUCUGCAGAGCAGCAUAAAGCCCAGGAGCACGUGGGCUAUCCUCAAGCCCCACCUCGAAACCAUCAUCAUGCACUUCAUUUUCCCCUUGUUAUCAUUCAGCGACGAAGAUCAGGAGCUGUGGGAGGAUGAUCCGGUCGAGUACUUGCAGAAGAAGGUGGACAACCCCAUGGACGAUUUCCGCAGCCCUGUCUCUGCCGCGGAAGCCCUCCUCUUCGAAGUCACAAAACUCAGGAACCAGCAAACGUUCGUUCCCACCGUUACCUUGAUCAACGGGAUUAUCCAGCGGUACAAUGAGAGCCCCGUUGAGACGAGAAACCCCCGCCACAAAGACGGCGCAUUGCACAUGAUGGCUUGCCUCGCCCCGUUGGCUCUGAGCCCAAAAUCGCCCAUCAAAGAUCACAUCGAGACCUUCUUGGUGCACAAUGUGAUUCCGGAGCUGAAGAGCCCGUACGGGUUCCUCCGUGCGCGAGCAUGCAACACACUGCUGACGUACGAAGACGUGGACUUUGAAAACGUGGAACACCAGCAACUGGCCUUCCGCGGCGUCCUCGACUGUCUCCGAGACUCGGAGCUUCCCGUCCGUGUCAGCGGUGCAUUGGCGCUCCGACCUUACCUCCGCGUCCCCACCAUCCACGAAGCCAUGAAGCCCCACGUGCAGGACAUCAUCCAAGCAAUGAUGUCCCUCAACAACGAGGUGGACAUGGAGAGCCUGACCGAAGUCCUCGAGAGCCUGGUCGGCGACUUUUCCUCCGAAUUGACGCCCUUCGCCGUCCAGCUCGCAUCGCAGUUGAGCGAGACGUUCCUCAGGAUGUUGGCGGAGGCCCGGGAAGUUGCCGACGAGGGCGAUUCCUAUGAUAUGGCUGAGGCGUUUGAUGAGAAGACGGCUGCUGCGCAGGGUGUGAUGCGCACGCUGUGCACUUUGGUGCUUGCAAUGGAGGCGUCGCAGCAGAUUUUGAGCGAGUUGGAGGUUAUCAUUGCGCCGUCGUUGUCGUUUGUGCUGAGUAAUCACCUUGCUGACUUAUAUCAAGAAGUAUUCGAAGUAAUCGAAACCCUCACCUAUUGCGCCAAAAAGAUUUCCCCAACAAUGUGGCAAAUCUGGACUGUCCUCUAUGGUGCCUACAAAGCCGACGCGUCCGACUACCUCGAGGAGAUGGCCAACACCCUCGAGAACUACAUUGCGUUCGGGUCCGAGGUGUUUGCAACCAGCCAGGAGCUCCAGGCGCAGAUAUUUGAGAUUAUCCACAACACUUUGGGUGCGAAUGAUUUGAAUUACUCGAAUACGACUAGGGCGAGGGCUUGUGAUUUGAUUGAGCUGCUGUUGUUGCAUUUGCCUGGUCACGUUGAUGCGAUGGUACCUCAAUUCAUCGACCUCAUCCUUCCCUACCUCGCCCCCAACAAAGCCAAAAAAGCGCCUUACCGAGUCCGCUGCCUCGAAGUCAUCAUCAACGCGCUCUACUACAACCCCGGCGCGACACUCGAGCUGCUCGAGCAGCGCAACGCCACCACCGCCUUUUUCAUGAAGUGGUUCACGGACCUCCCUGAGUUCCGCCGUGUGCAUGAUAAGAAGCUGUGCGUAUUGGCGCUUUCGGCGGUGUUGGAGCUGCCUGUGCAGCAGUUGCCGGCGUCGUUGCAGGGGCAGGCGUGGACGGAGAUGUUGAAUGGUGUUUUCAAGGUUUUUGAGACUUUGCCUGUUGCGUUGAAAGCUCGCGAAGACGAAAAGGCCCUAUACGAAGACGGCCUCGACUCAGAAGACGAAGACGACGAGCUCGCCAGCGACGACGAGGACGAAGACCCUCUCUUCCGCCACACCGCCGACGACGCCGACGCCUUCGACGAGGACGACGAGUACCUCGACCUCCUCGACCAAAAGAACGCCGAAAAGAACCCAGACUACACCCCCAGCGCGACCGACACGCAUCUCGCAGGGCAACCUUACGUCGGCGACGGUGCGGACGACGACGACGAGGAUGAGGAUGAAUGGGAUUUGGAUGAUCUGGACGAGGAUAUAUUCCUAGAGACCCCGCUGGAUAAGAUUGACGCGUAUGUGGCGUUUGAGGGCACGAUGCAGCGGUUGGCGAAUCGGGCGGAUACGGCCGCGUUGUUGCAGCAGGGCGUGGCGGGGGCGCAGGGACUGGUGCAGGAUAUCGUGACCCGGGCUGCGGAUUUUAGGACGAAGGAGGCGGAGAAGGCUGCCGCGGAGUUGCAGAAGCAAUAG